AUGCCUAUUCCACAUCCGUUGUCCGCAUUAAGCGCAAUUGAGACGAACCUUGCGAGAGAUAUUGUUAAACAGGCGCACCCUGGCGCCUUGCUUUAUUUCAGACAGUCCUAUCUUUUCGAGCCGCCAAAGGAGGAAGUUCUCAAGUUCUUGGAACUAGAGCACUCUCACUCUCUGCAUUCUUCAUCCCCGCGACCUGAUCGUUGUGCUCAGGUCUUUUACGACAUCAUUGGUGGUGAAUCCAAGACACAGUACUAUGAGUCCGUGGUUGACCUUACAAAGAGGACCAUUGUCGAGCAACAGGUCGUUAGUCCCGAGCAUCAAUCUAGUUUGACAAUCUACGAAUUUGAAGAUGUCGUUAAGGCAGUUGGUGAAUCAGAGCUCUUCAAGGAGAAGCUAGCAAAGAUCAAGCUCCCACCGGGCUUUGAGCCUGUCAUCGAGCCCUGGCCCUAUGGCGCGCCAGAUCUCGAGGAUGGAAACACGCGUUUCUUCCAGGCCCUUGUUUUUGCGCGUGAUACUAAGAACGGACACCCCGACUCUAACUUUUACGCCUAUCCUGUUCCUCUCAUUCCAGUUAUGGAUGCAAGGACCAAAAAGAUCGUCCGCGUCGAAGAGCCAGCUACAGGAGGCAAAGGUGAUAGUCUUACGGACAAGACCCAUGCGCCGGGUCUUCUGGAUCAUUGCCAGCCAGCAGAGUAUAUUCCCGAACUUGUGUCUGGAGGUACCCGGACGGAUGUAAAACCUUUGAUGAUUGUGCAGCCUCAAGGCCCAAGCUUUUCUGUCUCGGAUGGAAACCUUAUCCAGUGGCAGAAAUGGCGCAUGAGGGUCACUUUCAACCCUCGUGAGGGUGCAGUUAUUCACGAUAUCCGCUAUGAUGGGCGUCCUGUCUUGUACAGAUUGAGUAUCAGCGAUAUGACUGUUCCUUAUGCUGAUCCCCGACCACCUUAUCAUCGCAAGCAGGCGUUUGACUUUGGCGACGGAGGUCUCGGACACUGCGUCAACAGUUUGGCUCUCGGCUGUGACUGUCUAGGAGUUAUCAAGUACUUCGAUGGUGUCCUCAUCGACUCAGAUGGAACAGCUUCAGAUACUAAGAACAUGAUUUGUCUUCACGAGCAAGACAACGGCAUCAACUGGAAACACACCGACUGGCGCACUGGCCGCGCCGUUGUUACCCGCCGACGCGAAUUGGUUAUCCAAUUCAUCAUCACACUCGCUAACUACGAGUACAUCUUCAACUACAAGUUUGACCAAGCUGCGGGUAUCGUCGUGGAAGCUCGCGCAACAGGCAUCGUGUCAGUUGUGAAUAUUGAUCCUGGCAAGACAAGCGAUUGGGGAAAUGUCGUCAGCCCUGGCGCGUUAGCUCAAAAUCACCAACAUGUUUUCUGUGUCAGAAUUGAUCCUUCUAUCGAUGGCACGGAGAACACUGUCGUGCAGGAAGAAAGUCUUCCAUUGAGAAUGGACAAGCGGACAAAUCCACAGGGCAACUUGUAUGAGGUUUGCCAGACACAGAUCACCACAUCUCAGGGCCUUGACGCAGCCCCUUUCAACAACAGAGUCUUCAAGGUCCAAAACCUGAACAAGCGAAACCCUGUAUCUGGAAAGCCAGUCGGUUACAAGAUCACUCCCCCACCUACCCAACUCCUGCUUGCCGACCCCAACAGUGUGCAAGCCAAACGCGCACUCUUUGCAAAGCAUCACAUGUGGGUAACAAAGUACAAAGACCACGAGCUCUACGCGGGAGGUCGCUACACUUUGCAAUCUAAGAUUGAAGUCGGGGGUGUCAGCGACGCAGCUGAUCGGUGCGAUGAUGUGCUGAAUCAGGAUAUUGUCUUGUGGAGUGUCUUUGGACUUACGCAUAAUCCACGAAGCGAGGAUUGGCCAGUCAUGCCGGUUGAGAUGCUUCAGUUGCAUAUCAGCCCUUCGGACUUUUUCACAAGGAACCCGGCGAUUGACGUGCCGAGUGACAAGGAUGUGGGAUCAAAAUUAACAUCAGGAUGCUGCAAGCAGGAGGGGCCAAAGUUGUAA